AUGCACUGCCUAGGCUCCGAAGGAAGCGCCAACGCGAGUUCAUGGGCAACCAACACGACCUUCAGCGUCAAAGCUGACGAACGCGAGAGUUCAGUCGACCUGCGCGAUGUGGAAUUAGUGAAGUUCGUCGCGUACAGCGUCGUCUUCCCUGUCAUCAUAGUGUUGGGUGUAAUUGGGAACAUAAUCAAUCUUAUCGUUCUGACGCGGCCCAAUCUCCGAGGAGUCACCUUUGUCUACCUAUCAUGGCUCGCUAUCUCAGACCUCGCCGUGCUCCUCAUGGGCUCGGUGUCGAUGAUUCGUCUCGCGGGAAUUCAUCCGCGCGACUACAGCUCAGCAUUCCUGUUCGCUCAUCUCGAGAUGCCAUUAGUGAACGCGUUCAUGGCCAGCAGUGUCUUCUUGGUAGUGGCCGUGACCAUUGACCGGUAUUGGUCCGUCUGUUUACCGACCCGAUACAAAGAUAUCCAUAACGAUCGUCAAGCCCGGGUAGCCAUCACGCUUUCAUUUGUUUUCGCCUUCAUGCUCUACAUUCCGGUAGCAUUCCAAAAAUAUCCGAUCCCGAUAUCGGUUCCGUACACGCUCGAUAACAGUAGCGAUAUCCAAGUGAGAACGGAAUAUCACGCGUGCGAAUGGACCGAGGUUUCGACACAUCCAGCGUUCAAACUAUACCUGUUAAUCAAAGAGAUCGCCGUACGCGUUGGACCCGUGAUUGUUGUCGUCGUCCUCAACACGUGUAUAAUCUUCACGUUUCGGAGACUUCAACAAAAGCGAAAGUCUCUGCUUGGUUGUUCGGCCGAAGGUAAAUUCGCCGAGGAGCAACGUCUAGUCAUCCUGCUGGUCGCCAUCGUAAUCAUGUUCCUCAUCUGCAUGACUCCGGCAGCGAUUCUAACCGUGAUCAUCUCGGACGACAAGGAGCAUCAUCUCGGCUUUCAGAUUUUCCGAGCGAUCGCGAAUAAUAUGGAGAUGAUGAAUUUCGCCUCGAACUUUUACGUUUACUGUUUGUGUUCAACCGAAAUCCGGAGAACGUUUUUCCAACUGUUCGGUCAGCUAUUCGGUCGGAAACCUCCGAUCGAGAACUCCCAAAACACUUCGAUGAUCAUAACGAACAACGCCACAAAAAUCUCUGGCUGUACGCGUGUGUAA